AACUGAGAGAACACACUAAUUUUCUGCACAUUCUGCUUUCCCUACACCGCCACUAAUCGCGGAAGAUCUCCAGAUUCGACGGAAGCGCCGACUCUUUUCCUUUUCCCUGGCUGCGUCAAUCGACAAAACCCAAACCCCCGACUUCACAAAACCAAUUUCAGAUUUCCCAAAAUCCUUCUUCAAACAAAUCAUGAUUCCCAGAAGAAAAACCAGUUCAAGAUUCCUCCUUUUCACUCUCACUCUUCUCCUGUUGAUCAAUCUCUCCGCAUUUGUCGCUUCCACCGAACUCGAAGACGACGACGGCGAAAUAGACGAAUUGCUUGCCAUUGAUGAAGAAGAAGAAGAAGAUGGUUCAGCGGAUCAGCAUCAGCACGUGGAGCAGCAGAAGGAGGCCGAGGUAUUGACCAAAGCCCAAAGGAUAGUACUUGAGCUGAAUACCGACAGCUCUAGCAGGGCGAUUAGUGAGAAUGAGUUCGUUUUGAUUCUUGGGUAUGCGCCUUGGGACACCAGGAGUGCAGAGCUCAUGCCUCAAUUUGCUGAAGCUGCGAAUAAGCUGAAGGAGUUGGGAAGUCCCAUUGUGAUGGCUAAGCUUGAUGCUGAAAGGUACCCCAAGGCAGCUUCCGCACUUCAGAUCAGAGGGUUCCCUACUUUGCUUCUCUUUGUCAAUGGCACCUCUCAGCCUUACACUGGUGGCUUUACUGGGGAGGAUAUAGUGAUCUGGGCUAGAAAAAAGACGGGUGAUCCAGUGAUUAGAGUAAAUUCAGUCGCUGAAGCUGAGAAGUUUCUUGAGACGCAUCAUAUCUAUGUUAUCGGUCUUUUUGACAAGUUUGAGGGUUCUGAUUAUGAAGAAUUUGUCAAGGCUGCUAUCUCUGACAAUGGAAUCCAGUUUGGUGAAGUGGGUGACCAUGGAGUUGCUAAAGUUCUGUACCCAGAUAUCAAGUCCACCAGCAAAUUCGUUGGACUUGUGAAAAGUGAACCUGAAAGAUAUACUAUCUUUGAAGAUGCCUUUGAGAUGGACAAGAUACUGGAGUUUUUGGCUUACAAUAAGUUUCCUUUGGUUACCAGGCUGACAGAUUUGAAUUCUGUCUCUGUAUACUCGAGUCCAAUCAAACUUCAGGUUAUGGUUUUUGGAGGGGCCGAUGAUUUCAAAAGACUUAUUGAGCCUCUGCAACAGGUUGCCAGGAAAUUCAAAUCAAAGAUAAUGUUCAUAUAUGUGGACAUCGAGGAUGAGAACCUAGCCAAGCCUUUCUUAACUCUGUUUGGGCUUGAAGAUUCAGAUCACGCAUUGGUGACUGCUUUUGAUAACAAAAUCAGCACCAAAUUUUUGUUAGAAGCUGAGCCAACAUCUGGGAACAUAGAAGAUUUCUGCUUAGGGCUUCUGAGUGCAAGUUUCCCAGCUUACUACAAAUCACAACCGGUACCUGAUAACAAAAAUGCGAGCGUCCUGGUUGUUGUCGGAAAAACUUUUGACGAAUUGGUUCUAAAUAGUCCGAAGAACAUACUUAUUGAGAUAUAUACGCCUUGGUGCAUCAAUUGUGAGACUACAAGCAAGCAGGUUGAGAAGCUUGCAAAGCAUUUCAAAGGGUCUGAUAGCUUAGUCGUUGCAAGGAUUGAUGCUUCUGCAAAUGAACAUCCCAAAUUGCAGGUAGCCGACUACCCAACGCUCUUGCUUUACCCUGAAGAUAAUAAAGCUAAUCCGAUCAAGCUGUCAACAAAAUCCAGUGGAAAGGACUUGGCUGCGGCCAUCAAUAAGCAUUUGAAGUCCAAUUCCUCAAAAGAUGAACUAUAGCCAAGGAACUUAGAACUAGAAACAGCAGUCAGCGACUCUUGAGAAUUUAACCAUACUGAGAAUGUCUUGAUGCAAUGCAGACUACAGAGUCGAUCCUGCAAUUAUCUUUUAAUCUGCUUGCGAAAAUGCAUAAGCAUUUCGAAAUUACGACUGUUGAGUCGUCCAGUGGACAGAGUGUAUAAUUUCUGUUGUCAGGUUAAUGUAUACACAGAUUUAUAGACUAUAGAGCAGAGUAGCGCAAUGUGUAUCAAUGGUCUCCUCCACAAUUCAAAGCGGAUCAACUGGGAUUUGCUGGGAUAAGUUCAGUAGCACUUGGCUAGUAUGCCAUUGUGCCGUUUGUUAUAUGAUUCAGUACCCACUAUAUGAAAUAUUGGACUGCCCCAGCCGGUUGUGACCGGCUUAGCCGCCUUCAAUGGUCGUCAAUCUCAUUUGAUUUCGAGAUGAUUUUAUCACGGC